AUUCCGGUUUCACUUCCGGCAUUAAAACUAAAAUGGUGGCGCCAAAGCUCGACAACAAAGCGGCUAAUAUUCAACAAGCAACUUUUCAAACACUUUUCAUCUUUAGCGAUGUUUUAACCUCAACAAAGUACGAAAUAUCAAGUUAAAGACGACUCCCUUCUUGUCAACAUGUCUCCGAAAAACGAGCAACUUCUCAUCGUGUUGUCGAUCCUGCAAGGUCGUGACUUCCCCAAAUGCUCGCAGCUCAGCCUGGAGGUUCAGGCCAGCCUGGACGGUGAGCAGCUGACCACGGACCCGGUGGAGCACCUGGACCAGCCUCAGUUCAGCACGGAGCUAGCCUGGGAGCUGGACCGCAAGAUGCUGCACCAACACAGAUUGCAGAGGACUCCCAUCAAGCUUCAGUGUGUGACUGUGGACUCCAGCAGCGGCAGCAGGGAAAGUGUUGGCUACAUCGUCCUGGACCUCAGAUCUGUACAGGAAGUCCCUCAGGAGCCCCGCUGGUACUCCCUGCUGAGCAGCAAGUACACCAAGAAGAAGCCCUCGCUGCUCCUCAGCAUGGUGCUGGAGAACGACGGGAGGUCCACCCCCCCGCUCGCCACUCCUGACGCCAACAAAGCCAAGGGGGACUCGUCGGGACAAGUUGGGCCACAGGGCCAAGACCAGCAUCUAGACCGGCCCCCGGCCUCGCAGCAGCUGACAGACAAACUGGAGGCGGUCCUGGUGCCGGAGCAGGGCUACCAUCAGGUGGGACCGGCUGACGUGGCCGCCGACAUGUUCGUGCUGUCCGUCACCGUGGCCUUCGCCUGCAAGCUGGAACAGUUGAUCCCCAGCACCUUGAAGCUGUCCACCGAGGGCUCCAGCUUCUUCUUCUUCUACACUCUCCUGGGCAACGACAUCACCAGCGAGCCUUUCCAGAACCUUCUCACCCCGGACUUCCAGCCCGAGCGCGCCUCCGUGCGCAUCCGCAGCAGCGAGCACGUCCUGCGCCGCUUCCUGUCCCGGCAGCCAUCUUUACAAAUCCACCUGUGCUGCGGGACACAUUCGCUGGGCAGCGGCAGCGUUCCCCUGGCGACGCUGUCCGCACUGGCGGUGGAUCUGGACAAGAGGGCGGCCACAGUGGAGGGCGUGUUUGCUCUGCAGCCGCCCGCUGCCACCCUCAGUCGGCCGCUGCCGCCUCAGCCCGCCGACCUGCAGCCCAACGUGAGCGUGGCCGUCACCCUGCGCCAGGAGGACGUCACACCCGAGCUCCAGCCUUUAGCCAAUCAAGAAGGACAUAAGAUAAGCUCCGCCCCUCCGCCGUCCCUUCCUGUCAUAGUCCCUGCUGCUGAGGAACAACGGGCCGCUGGGCACGGGGACAAGGAGGAGGCGGCCAAAGAGACGACAGCGCGUCCAGGCCACAACAUGGAGGCUCAAACUGAAGCAGUGGGCGGAGCUUCAUCGUUCCUUGUCUCUGCUAGCCAAUUGUCCAUCCCCCCGUCUGCGCACCACUAUUGCUUCUCUUUGGACCUGUGCAGCCUGGGCAGCCUGGGCCUCACGCACCCCAUGGCCGCCACGCUCAGGUACUUGUAUCCCUUUUUUGGCAGCAAGUCUCCCGUCAUGACCAGCCACCCCGUGGAGCUGCACAGGAACAUGGAGGUGUCUCUGCCGCAGUCGUACUGCGCCUUCAACUUUGCCACCUUACCGCCGCAGCUACAGGACACCUUCCUCAGAGUGCCGCUGGUCCUGGAGCUUUGGCACAUGGAUGCUAGCAGCAGAGAGCAGCUGAUUGGUCGAGGCUCGCUGCAGUUGUCUCACCUGCUGGGCGCUGAGAGAAGUCCAUACCUGGCAGCCACAGGAGAGACGGGCUGGCGUCAAACUCACCAGGACAGGAUCCCCUUCUUCAGUCCUCAGAGUGAGAUAGUGGCAGAGUUGAGCUACAUGGCCACGCUGGACGACUUUGGACUGCUUCAUGUCAAAGAGAUACCUGCGCCACAGUCCACCCAGGUUCACGUCAAAGAGAUACCUGCGCCACAGUCCACCCAGGUUCACGUCAAAGAGAUACCUGCGCCACAGUCCACCCAGGUUCACGUCAAAGAGAUACCUGCGCCACAGUCCACCCAGAGUGAACAUGCAGCUCCUUUGCCAACACCUGCCCCGCCCCUUGUGUCAGCCCCGCCCCUUGUGUCAGCCCCGCCUCCUGUGUCAGCCCCGCCUCCUGUGUCAGCUCCGCCUCCUGUGUCAGCCCCCCCUCCUGUGUCAGCCCCCCCGUGCCCACGGGACACACAAGAGUACCACAAGGCUCUGGAGUUGGAACUGUGGAAGGAGAAGCAGGAGGACGACUUCAAUGAUCAGCUGAGGAGGAAGGAGUUGGUGCACAUGCAGGCGUUGGCAGAAGAGUGGAUGCGGCGUGAUGGUGAGAGAGAGGCGUGCGUCAAGAAGAAGGAGAUGGAGUGUGACCGUUUGGAAGAAAAACUUCAGUCAACUUUAGUUGAUCUGGAAAAGAAAGACAAAGAACUCACUGAGGACAAACUCAAGACCCAAAGGAUGCAGCGAGACCUUCUGGCCGAGCACAAGCUGAGCCAGCAGGAGUUUGAUGAGAAGAGCAGGAGGUUGCAGCUGGAGUGCGACCACCGGGUGGCGCUGGAGAAAGACAAAGUGCGACUGAUGGAGGACGAGCGAGCACGGCUCCUCAGGCAGUUGUCAGAUGCAGAGAACCGCAUCAGACUUCAGGAGAAAGAGUUCCAAAAGUACAAAGAACAACAAAACGUCCGACCCGAAGUACGUCUGCAGUCUGAGAUCAACAUCCUGACUCUGGAGAAGGUGGAGUUGGAGAGGAAGUUGGAGUCCACCACCAAGUCCAAACUUCACUACAAGCAGCAGUGGGGCCGCGCCCUCAAAGAACUUGCACGCUUUAAAGAGACAAUUUGGCAGUACAUCCAACUGGCCUCACAACCGCAAACCAUGUGUUAUCACACCAGCCCAGGACCUCCACACCUCCAUGAUCGUCUGAGAGAACGGGAGCAGGAGAACGCCAUGACGCGUCUGCAGAAGCGUCAGGCGGAGCUGGACGGCAUGACGCUGCGUUUGCUAGCAACAGAGGAGAAGGAGGCGGUCCGACAGGACAGACAGGAACUGGGGGACAUCAGGAACCAAGUCAACAGGUUCAAGCAACAGGGGGACGGCUUAGACCCCGCCCCUUCCGUGACCGGACCCGCCCCCAAGCUGAGCCAGAGCGCCGACGAGCACCUGAGACGCCUGCUGGAGGAACGAGACACGCUGCUGAGGACGGGUGUGUACACGCACGACGACCGCAUCAUCACCCAGCUCAACCACCAGAUCCAGGACGCCAUGAUGGACACCACCUGACGGCCAAUCAGGUUAUAGGGUGUGUACACGCACGACGACCUCAUCAUCACCCAGCUCAACCACCAGAUCCAGGACGCCAUGAUGGACACCACCUGACGGCCAAUCAGGUUAUAGGGUGUGUACACGCACAAUGACCUCAUCAUCACCCAGCUCAACCACCAGAUCCAGGACGCCAUGAUGGACACCACCUGACGGCCAAUCAGGUUAUAGGGUGUGUACACGCACGACGACCGCAUUAUCGCCCAGCUCAACCACCAGAUCCAGGACGCCAUGAUGGACACCACCUGACGGCCAAUCAGGUUAGGACGUGAACAGACAUGUUUGUUAGCACUUUAGCAACUAUGUUAGCUACUUGAGGCUGAUACAAAACCACCAUCUUUCUUAGACUCUUGAUAUUUAUUUAUUUCUUUAUCCUGGUAUGCAUCACACCAGUCAUAAUAACAAUUAUCAUUCUUGUGUGUUUUCUAAUAAAAUGUCAGCUUUUCUUCACGUUUUAUUGUCAACUCAUGCAAACGUGAGCAUCAACGUCCCGUCAAGUAAACAGGAAGUGGGUAAAAACGUCAACACAAACACGUUACCAUGACUUCAAG